CGGAGCCACUGCUGGAGGCGGGAAUAUACGUGUGGCAGUAAAGCGUUCGACUAGCGGCAGAGGUGUUACGCGAUCACUUCACUUCCUGUCAAAAGUCAAACCCGUUUCCUCCGGCUUUCGGUUUCGAUUCCUGACACAGGAGGAGAGUGAGCGGAAAUCCACACCUUCGGUUCGGACCCGCCCUGUGGCCCCUGGCAACCUGCUGCCCUGCCUGUUUUUCCCUCGUUUGUGGCUGCCCAGUGACAGCGGGAACAUGUCCUGCGAGUGGGAUGUGUAUUGGAACCGGGACUAUGACUCCACUUGGGAUGAUGAAGAAAAUGAGAUCUUGGAGCCUGAUCCAACGAGAACAUUCAAGUGGGGGGCAUCUUGGAGUGCCAGCGCAGCCAGGGACAUGCAGAACUACCGGCGCGGGUAUCCAGGCAAAGAGGAACCGAACAACGAUGAGAUGUUAAAUCUAAAAUUCUACAAGAAUGAGAUCAUGUUUGAGCCAAAUGGAGUGUACAUAGACGACAUACUUGCAGAUUGGCAGGGACAAUAUGACCAACUGGAAAGAAAUCAUUCUUAUAUCCAGUGGCUAUUCCCACUGCAGGAAAUGGGGAUGAAUUGGUGUGCAAAACCACUGACCCAGCAGGAAAUUGAGGCACUAAAAUCAGAUGAAAAUGCCAAAAGGAGGUUCUGUGAGGCCUACAGACUUAUGUUGGAUUUUUAUGGCAUCAAAUUAAAGGAUGAGAAAACUGGGGAAGUUGUCCGAAGCAAUAAUUACAUUGAAAGAUUCAACAAUCUUAAUCGUCAUGGGCACAAUAACCUGCGAAUAACACGGAUACUGAAGUGUUUGGGGGAACUUGGCUAUGAGCACUUCCAAGCUCCACUCGUCCAGUUCUUCCUGGAGGAGACACUGGUGAAUAAGAAGUUGCCCAAUGUCAAACGCAGCACCUUGGACUAUUUCAUGUUUACUGUUAAGGACAGAAAGCAGCGAAAGGAUCUGGUUCUGUAUGCCUGGGAAAAAUUAGAAGACAAAGGGAGGUUUAUAUGGGGGCCUCAUAGGUACCUAAGAAAAAGAACAAAAAAGAGCACAGACAGUAGCAUUAACAAAGAUAACACAGAAGAUGAAGAAAGCAAAAUAUCAGAAGAGGUUAAGGUUGAAAGAAAUAAUGUAGCAAAUAUUGCGGCUGCCAGUGUUUCUGGCACAGAAAGUGCAACUGAAGAGCAGCUAGGAGAUAAUGAGAAAGAGGAAAAGAGUAAAAGUGAAGAACGUUCAGAGAAUGUGACUGAGAUCAUCCUUAAAAAAGACCAAGCAGAUGAGAGGGAACAGGUGGUGACAGGUGAAAGCAGUUUAGACAAACACACACAGAAGGAACUGCCAGAUACUUCUGAGACUGAAGGGGUCGAUGAAGGGAACUCAGAAAUAAGAGAUUUAAGUGAAGAAAAAUCAGAGAUCCAGCAAGCAGGUAUUGAGACUGAACAUACUGUUGAGAAAAAGGAAAAGAGUAAAGGUGAAGAACGUUCAGAGAAUGUGACUGAGAUCAUCCUUAAAAAAGACAAAGCAGAUGAGAGGGAACAGGAGGUGACAGGUGAAAGCAGUUUAGACAAAUACACACAGAAGGAACUGCCACAUACUUCUGAGACUGAAGGGGUCGAUGAAGAUGAAGGGAACUUAGAAAUUAGAGAUUUAAGUGAAGGAAAAUCUGAGAUCCAGCAAACAUGUAUUGAGACUAAACAUACUGUUGAGAAAAAGGAAAAUAGUAAAAGUGAAGAACGUUCAGAGAAUGUGACUGAGAUCAUCCUUAAAAAAGACCAAGCAGAUGAGAGGGAACAGGAGGUGACAGGUGAAAGCAGUUUAGACAAAAACACACAGAAGGAACUGCCAGAUACUUCUGAGACUGAAGGGGUCGAUGAAGGGAACUCAGAAAUAAGAGAUUUAAGUGAAGAAAAAUCAGAGAUCCAGCAAGCAGGUAUUGAGACUGAACAUACUGUUAAGAAAAAGGAAAAGAGUAAAGGUGAAGAACUCUCAGAGAAUGUGACUGGGAUCAUCCUUAAAAAAGACAAAGCAGAUGAGAGGGAACAGGUGACAGGUGAAAGCAGUUUAGACAACAACAAACAGAAGGAACUGCAACAUACUUCCGAGACUGAAGGGGUCGAUGAAGAUGAAGGGAACUCAGAAAUAAGAGAUUUAAGUGAAGAAAAAUCAGAGAUCCAGCAAGCGGGUAUUGAGACUAAACAUACUGUUGAGAAAAAGGAAAAGAGUAAAGGUGAAGAACGUUUAGAGAAUGUGACUGAGAUCAUCCUUAAAAAAGACAAAGCAGAUGAGAGGGAACAGGUGACAGGUGAAAGCAGUUUAGACACAAACACACAGAAGGUGCUUCCACACAUACCUGAGACUGAAGUGAAUGAUAAGCCAAUGUCAGAAUAACUGGUAAACUAGAUGUUAGGGGAGCAGGUAGUGGCAGUGAAGAAGAGUUAAAAGAUGAGGUGGAAGCUAAAGAUAAGAACAGUGAUCGAGGGGCAUUAAAUGAAAGUUGAGAGGCAACUUUCAUAAUGUAUCAAAGGGAGGGGAUGCAAAGAGAAAAAAUCUAAAGAAGACAACAGAGAUCCCUGUUAUAAAGUUGGGGACAGUGUUUCCAGUUUAUGUAAGAAAAUGAAGCUGAAUGACACAAAUGAUACAAAGAACAUAAGCAACUGCUGCAUCAGCCCAGAUGGUGUUAUAAGAGAUUGCUCAAUCAAUGAAGAGAGGCCUAGAGAAGAGAGUACCGGAGUAAAGAACAUGGAUGGUACACAGGCAAAUAAUGAGAUUAAUACAGAAGCGCAGGCCAGGCAGCAGGAAGGUAGUAUAGAACAAAUAGGUAAUGGGAUAUCUCAGGGAACAGGAGGGAUAAAAUUGUAUAAAGAUGGGGCCGGGAGUACAGGAACCAAUGGAAACAUCCCAGUUCCUGACAAUAAUAUGGAAUCAGAAUGAUAAUAUAUGAUCUUUGUUCCUGAGGCCUUUAUUCCAGCUGUUGUCAGAGCAAUUAUCUCGAUGACAAGGGGAAGGUUUGUCACCAAGUCUUGAGUGUUGAGAAGGGGCGGAACAAGGCAAUGUGGAUAAAUUGUGCAGUAGUGUGGUUUGGUCCCCCUCUCAGCAUUUGUUUAGUUCAGUCCUUAAAAUAUCUGAGCCCUGGUGCCUUUGAACUUGCUACACUGUGCAGUGUUCUGCCCUGGUGCUUGGCGUGCUCAGAAUAUUCCGAGUUGAUUUUUUUUGCCAACUUUACUAUUGAGACCUUAAUCAAGAUUUGUACUAUAAAUGCAGUUUGCAUCCUCAUGGUUUUUUCUCCAAAGCAUUUGUAUAAUAAAUACAGUUAUAUCUGA